AUGGAGGAAGACGAAGCCACGCCGAAGCGUCUGCCUCCUUGGGUCGAGCUGGAAUACUCUCAAAUGCUCACACUCGCUGGCCCUACUUCCACCGUGCUCUUCACACACCUCUCCGAAGGCUCAGGUGAUGCGCUGCGCGCCACUCUAUCUGCUUCGCUAGAGCAGAAGGGCGUAGCCACAUUAGAAGUGCACACUGCGCCGAUACUCUCGACUCUCCAGGAUAAAGGAGUACCACUCGAGUCUGUGUGCCUUCUCGAUCCAAAGGCGGAGAAAGAGCUGAGUCCCGAGGAUGCUCAAACGUUUGGCUACUUUCUUUUUGGGGGGAUAUUAGGCGAUGACCCACCGCGCGACCGGACCUCUGAGCUGCGCGCGCUCGGGUUUCCCUCUCGCCACCUAGGCAGUGUGCAGAUGACAACAGAUACCGCACUCGGUGUUACAAAAAAAGUCGUGCAUGACAAAGUACCAUUGGAUCAGAUACCCUACGUCGAUUUUCCAACUAUUCGCUUUAACGCCAAGGAGAGCGUCGAGAUGCCGUUCCGUUACAUCGCGGACAACGGUCAACCGAUUCUCCCGCCGGGAAUGCGCGAGUUGCUGCACGAGGACCUGAACAAGAGUUUUGAGUUUUAA